UGAGGGAUAGCUUCGCGGUAUCUUCGAUGGCGGAGACGACGGAAUUGAGAGUGUACAACACCAUGACUCAGCAGAAGGAGAUCUUCAAGCCCGUUGUCGAUGGCAAAGUCUCCAUGUACGUCUGCGGUGUCACCGCUUACGACCUCAGUCAUCUUGGCCACGCCCGCGCCGCCGUCUGCUUUGACGUCCUCUACCGUUUAGGAAAGAAUUUUUUAUUUUUUUUCAUUUUUAUAUUAAUUCCAGGUGCGGGUUUAGCGUAAAAGUAAGAGGUCUAUCUGGUGUGAUGAAAGUGUGUGACAAUUCAGAAUUCUGAAUUUAUCAUCUUUAGAGGAAAAAAAAUUUAGGGUUGGUUUGGCUGCGAAAUCGAGAUAUGUUUGUUGUUCUCGAGAACGGGAAAAUUUUGAGAAUAAUACCCAAAAAAAAAAAAAAACCUGUGAAGCUACAAGGUUUUUAAAGCUAUUUUUGAAAGCGGUUGUUCUUGUCUUUCAAUUGAAGACAUUUCUCAAAAAGUAAUUUUGAUUCCGCUGGCAAACAAGCCCUUAUAGACUUCUUGUAAUUGAUGCUUCAAUCUCAGGGUGAUGCGGGAUGAACCCUUGAAGAAGUUUGAUUUUGUCUUUGCAAUAUUAAUGAAGGGAUUGUUUUCCAAAUUGCGUCUUUGACAUACUCAUUGGCAUGCCUUAUAACAU